AUGGCCACAGAAGCUAAGCAGGACAUGUCGGACCAUUCUCCAAUGGAUCCACCACUCUUUACAAGCUCUGCUAUUGAGAAGGCCAAGUGGUACAGAGGAAAGACCUUUGCAUUUGGGACAGAUAACUUGGGUUUAAAUCCUGCUUCUGAUACUUGCAUGGUCUUGGCCAUUGGGGGUCGCUCUGUUUCCCAUGAGUAUAGUAAUGACUAUGCCCCGCCCGCCUCCCAGGGUUGUUGCAGGGAAGCGGCUGAGAGAGAUGGGCUUGGAACAAGCGUCGGGGUUGUUGAGGGCGGCUUCCCGGCGGGGGACGAGGAUGCUGGGUCCCUGCCCGGUUCUGUCUCUAGGGUUGCUCCCCAGAAGAAUCAUGGGGUCGGAACUAGCAGAUCUCUCGGGUCCCCUGCAGAGCUGACGCUCUACUCUGGUCUGACUGCGGCCAAGACCAGCACGUUGAGAAAGGACUUAGUCAGGAAGUCCAGGAGCCAGAGCACCUCCAGACUAAAGGAAACCACGCUGACUCCCAAGAGGGCAGAGAUCAGCCUCCAGGAAGUGCCCAAGGUCAGCCGGUCGUGGUCCCAGAGCACCCCUCGCUUUGGGCAGCUCAGUCACAACUCGUUCUUCUCCAGACACAAUCCCCAUCCUAACCGAGUGUCUCACAUUCAAGAUCUUUCUGGAAAUCCCAUUUGCACCGUAAGAGACAACAUAACUCACCUUCCACUGCCUCCACCUGGAUCCAGCCCCAAUUUCUCCAUCAACAUGUUAGGAGUUCCCCGAGUCCAGAUGCCUAUCGGAGAUCCACAGUCCCUCGUGGAGCCUCGAUUAAACCUGAGCUCAUUGUCAAGUGUCUGGAGAGAGGAGCUAAAGGAACUGGCUUCCAAGGUAGCUGCUUUCUCCAAGGAAGCAGAAGUAAAGAAGAAAAAGGAAGAGACAGAGAGGUUGACCCAGUACUCCCCAGAGACAGGGAGGCUCAUCCCCGGCUACACACGGAGCAUGACGAGCCGAGCACCCCGAACCUCCCAAAGAGGCAACCUUUGGAGCAAAGACAUGACCCCUAUUGUCCAGGACCAAGAACUACUGAUCCUGGAACUGCUGUGUCAAAUCCUACAGACAGACUCUUUGAGUACCAUCCAGUACUGGCUUGUCUCUGCUAGCCCCAGGGAGAAGGACCUAGUCUUGGGUCUCCUCCAGACGGCCGUGGCCGAGCUGAUCCCCGAGCCCUUGAUAUCCUUGCCAGAGGAGAGGAUCGUGACAAAUCUGCCUGCCAGCUCCAACAGCCCAGGCUUCCUCAGCCAAAGCCUGGUGCCACAGAAGAGUCUGACGCAAAGUCACAGUCAAAAUGGACCGAAAACAAAGGCAGAUUCUGCAUCAUCAUGUGAAAAACCAGAAUGCAUUGGCAACGCCGAGGUUCUACAGUUGUGUGACAGUGUGGAGGACAGAAAGAGGAAAAUGUAA